AAAGGUCCUUCCCUUGGACCAUCAAGACACAAACCAGAGUCCACAGCAGAGCAACACUACUACCACCCCCCAGUGGCAAAUACAGCAUAGCGACAAGGCUCUAGCAGCUUAGCAGCUGAAGAUGGCCGGGGUACUCUCUGUCAAGGCCGUCGCGCUCGCCGCCGUGCUUGCUGCCGCGUAUGUCUCCUCGGCGGCGGCGGUGAACCUCAACACCUCCGCCGUGUCUUACAGCUCCGCGUGGCUCCCGGCCAGAGCGACCUGGUACGGAGCGCCCAACGGCGCCGGGCCCGACGACAACGGCGGCGCUUGCGGCUUCAAGCACGUGAACCAGUACCCCUUCUCCUCCAUGACCUCCUGCGGCAACCAGCCCCUGUUCAAGGACGGCAAGGGCUGCGGCUCCUGCUACCAGAUACGAUGCAGCGGCGACCGCUCCUGCUCCGGCAACAUCGAGACGGUGAUGAUCACCGACAUGAACUACUACCCGGUCGCCCAGUACCACUUUGACCUGAGCGGCACGGCCUUCGGCGCCCUGGCCAAGUCGGGCCUCAACGAGAAGCUCCGCCACUCGGGCAUCAUCGACAUCCAGUUCAGGAGGGUGCCGUGCAACUUCCCCGGCCUCAAGAUCAACUUCCACGUGGUGGAGGGCUCCAACGCGGUGUACCUGGCGGUGCUGAUCGAGUACGAGGACAUGGACGGCGACGUGAUCCAGGUGGACAUGAAGGAGGCCAACUCGGGGUCGUGGAUGGCGAUGCGCGAGUCGUGGGGAUCCAUCUGGCGGAUGGACUCCAACCACCGCCUCCAGGGGCCUUUCUCCAUGCGCAUCACCAGCGACUCCGGCAAGAAGCUGGUGGCCAACAAUGUCAUCCCGGCCAACUGGAGGCCCAACACCGACUACCGCUCCUUCGUCCAGUUCAGUUGAUUGGCCCCGACCGGCCCAUGAGCGGCCACGUGCGCCUGCAUCAUGCACGCAUGCAUGCAUGCAUGCGCUCUGGCCCCUCUGCUGGUUGCAGUUCAUCACUCGGUUGAUCGAAAUCAUUUGCCUUAUUUUAUUUUUUGUAUUUUGCGUGGGAUCACGGAGCUUGAGAUGCCGUCUGUCUGGUGUCAUAUGUGGGGUCGUCGUCUAGCGUCGUGAACAUGUGUGGGAAAUGUAGGAAGCAUGGUUUGCAUGUGCUCUCCCGCCCACUGACUCUGUGUACGGUGUACCAUGCAUAACAUGGCACUACCUGUGUGUAACCAAAAUACCAAAUCAAAGUUAUAAAUUAUACUAUA